AAAAAAAAAAAAAAAUGAACCCACCAAAGCACAAAAAAAAGGUCGUGUAACUCUGGCCACGUUCACUUUCGUUGUGACUCCCCCGUCGUGAAUUCGGUGUGUUCUCUUUCCCUUGUUUAGUGACCAUGACCAAAGAUAAAUCGUCCACACCAAAAUUCUGGAAGAAGCUGGGUCUGGGCAAAAACAAGACGUCGCACUCUGCCAAUGCGUUACCCACGAUUAGCUCAACGCCCAAUAUGCAUUCGCCUUCGGCGCAGGCCGCAGAUAGCGAGUCGAUCAAAAGCAAACGCUUCAGUACACUAUUUCACCCUCAGAAACGAGCCAGUACCCAGUCGUUGCGAAAACAACGGAGCGAUUCGAUUCGCCCGCCGUUGCCCGUGUCGAUGAGCACCCCGGAUAUCGAAAAUAUAGUAGCUCAAACGACGGGCAAAGAGAGUGAUAAUACGAUUCCGACAGAUAUACCAAAACACGUGAAGCAAUCUGACAAUGUGCCUGACAUUGAAUCAGCAGCACCACCGCGUAGCACCUCGAGUGCUACUGAAACUCCUUCAGGGCCACAGCCCAUGCCAUCCAAAGAUGACGCUCAUAACCGAAAUUUACAGAAUGCAUUAUCCAUGGAUCAGCUUCCUCGAUCUGUUACACAUACUUCCGUCUCUUCAUGCGCCGUCCCAGAUUCUUCAGCGCCUAACAAGUCACUGAAUCGAACUCAAAGUUCCGCUACCUCCAUCGAUACAACUCAUACCAAAGCUACCACUACCUCUUCAUACCAUGAACCCACCCCUGAAACGGAAAAAUAUAAUCCAACAGAAUUCGACCAUGACGACGACGACACCGUCGAACAAUUGAAAUCGGAACUAGAAAAACAACGAUACAUUGUCCGUGUAUUACAAGGACAAAAAGAAGCUGUGACCAAAGACCUCGACUAUUUCAGCCAAGUGAUUGACGAAAUAACAGAGGAAAAAGAAGCAUUAACAGAAAAGUAUAAUGAAGAAAAAUCGAAAAAUCAAACAAAGGAAGAGGAUCUGAAUAUUCUGCUUGAAAAGUUAAAAGCGAGCAAUAACAAUGCACGGGAGAAAGCAUUCGAGGCAGAGCGAUCGAAACUGGCAUUGGAGAAUGUACAAGCGGAAGCUCUUAAAGAAAUGACGAAUUUAAAAUCGCAACUGAAAGAGCGUGACUCACAGAUCUUAGAACUCAAGUCUGAAUUAGGUCGAGCACAAGAUCGCAUACAGAUGCUGCAACAAACAAUGGAAGCGUUACUGAGAUCCCAAUCACAGCGCGAACCGUUGGAAACGAAAGAGAAUGCGCCGGCUAUCUCUCCAGUGCAAACUAUUGCAGCGGAAGAAGAAACCCCUACCUUACAACCGCCGACCUCUGAACACGGUCCAAGAGAAGAUUUAUCAAAAUCGCAAAAGUCUUCAUCGAGAUCUCUGUCACAGCCAACACCAACUGUUUCUCAUCAGGAUGAUCUUGACGAACAGUUAAAGCUAUUAACCGAAGAAAAAGAAAAGUUACAAAACGUGUACAGCAAGAUUCCGUUAUCUGGUGGCGGCCCAAUGUCGCGCAGAAGAAAGGAAGAACUGGAAGAAAUGCUCGAUGAAGUAGACUGUCAACUGAGCAAAGUGAAGCAAAAGAUUCGAAGAUCCUAGACCUGUCUGCUCUGUCCCUCAGCACCAAUGAAUACUGUUUUUUACUAUCCUGUGUUUUUUUUUCUUUCUUUCUUUCUUUCCUUCUUUCUCCCAUCACUGCAUUUUCCAGACAAAGAAAACCCAUAUAUACACAUAUCAUAUGUUUUAUC